AUGGCGGAGGAGGACAGGGAGCUGUUCCAGGAGGCCAUCAGUGGUUUCGAGGUCUUGGUCUUCGGCCGGCUGCUGCCGUGGGGAGAGUUUUGCCGCGACUUGCGUGCCUGGUUGCUGGAUACUGGUCAGGCCCCCGUGCCGGAAAAACUCGCGAGCAGCCCCCGCGAGAGACGGUUGAGCAGGCGGCUGAGACUGGCGAAGCGGCAGUACUUGGCAGGUGAUAUGGCGGAGGAGGACAGGGAGCUGUUCCAGGAGGCCAUCAGUGGUUUCGAGGUCUUGGUCUUCGAGACGGUUGAGCAGGCGGCUGAGACUGGCGAAGCGGCAGUACUUGGCAGGUGA